UCUAAAUCUCUUCAAUUCUCUUCUGUUUCUUUCCAUUCAAGAAAUCAGUGAGCGCUAAUAAUUCUCUUCAAUAUAUAUUGUCUUCUGUUUUCUUUCUUCCAUUCUAAAAACCACAGACCGCUGCUCUCGUCUUCUGUUCAAUUCGCUUCAAGAAUAUAAUUUGGAUGAUGAAACCACCUCGGCUACGCAGCCGCCGCCGCCGCUGCCGCUCUGUUAGGCCACACCAUGUUUUCUUUCACCGUGUCAAACUCAUUGUCACUGUGACUAAAAGAGCUGCUGAUGUUGAUCGAUGGGUCGAGAUGACCCUUCACAACCACAGUCAUCGCCUACAAGAUCUCGUCAUCGGACUCGACAUUGAGUGGCACCCGUGCCGCCGCCAGGAAGGAGAAGAAGAGGACAACCCCGCCGCAACGCUCCAGCUCUGCGUCGGGAGAAGCUGCUUGGUUUUUCUGCUCCUCCACAGGGAUUACUUCCCACAUUCCUUACUCGCCUUUCUGGGCAACCCCUUCUUCACAUUUGUUGGGGUCGGGGUCCAAGAUGACGCAAAAAAGAUCUUACGAGAUCAUGGACUGAUUGUAAGGAAAGUUGUGGAUUUGAGGCAUCUGGCUGUAUGGGUUUACGGUUUGGAAGAGUUUUUGAGAAUGGGGUUGAAGAGGAUGGCAUGGGAAGUUGUAGGGAGAGUGAUGGAGAAGCCGCUAGAUGUAACACUCAGUGACUGGGACGCUAAACAACUCACCUUCAGUCAAAUUGAGUAUGCGUCCAUAGAUGCCUAUGUAUCUUUUCGGAUUGGCAUCAAUUUGUUCAUGGCUGCAGGUUGCUUUUAG